AUGUCGUCCGCUGUCGCGAAGCGCCUCGAAGGCAAGACCGUUGUUGUCACUGGUGCCAGUUCCGGCAUUGGUCGCAGCACCGCUUUCGAGUUCGCCCGUACGAGCCCCAAGAACCUGCGCCUGAUCCUGACCGCUCGCCGCAUCGACACCCUCAAGCAGAUUGCCGAGGAAAUCAAGAAGGAAGUCGGCGACGGCGUCCAGGUGCUUCCCGUGCAGCUCGACGUCAGCAACCCUGCCCAGGUGAAGAGCUUCGUCCCCAACCUGCCCGAGGAAUGGAAGAACAUUGAUGUGCUGGUCAACAAUGCCGGCCUCGUCAAGGGCGUCGCCCAAGCUCCCGAAAUCGCCGAAGAGGACAUCAACAUCAUGUUCCAGACCAACGUGACUGGCCUGAUUGGCAUGACCCAGGAGAUCCUCAAAAUUUACAAGUCGCGCCCCGACGGCGGCAAGGGAGACAUCAUCAACGUUGGCAGCAUUGCUGGCCGCGAGGGCUACCCCGGCGGUAGCAUCUACUGCGCCACCAAGGCCGCCGUCCGCACUUUCACCGAUGCUCUGAGGAGAGAGCUUAUCUCCACCCGUAUCAGGGUUAUUGAGAUUGACCCCGGUCAAGUUGAGACGGAGUUCUCUGUUGUCCGCUUCUACGGCGACAAGUCAAAGGCCGACGCCGUUUACAAGGGCUGCGAUCCUCUGACUCCCGAUGACAUCGCCGAGGUCAUCGUCUUCACUGCCGGUCGUCGCGAGAACGUCGUCAUUGCCGACACGCUCAUCUUCCCUAACCACCAGGCAUCCGCAACGGUCCUGCACCGGAAGUCGUGA